UGAAUGUAUUUAAUAAAUCGAACAGCGGUUAUUUUUCGUCCACUGCUUCAACGUCCAUUAUCUCAGCAGUCUCUCGAGAUAGACUCGAUGAAUAUAAUGGAUUGAUGGCUUUUCGGCCUUUUAAGUCAUGGCUUCUCUGAAAUUCUACAUAUCACCAGAUACAUACGAAUCAAAGAAGUUUAAUUUCUCAGUUAACUCUUUGCAACCGUCUGAUCGAUGUUCAAUUUCUUCUUUUAAUGGUUAUUUACAUGUAACUGGUGCCUGUAUUGUGAACCCUUUUAGUAAGCUCAAGCAUAUUAGGGUUUCUCGGAUAGGUACUGAGUUGUCAGACAAUUUUGAACCAAAUCAAGUUGAAGAUUCUGCUAAUUGUAAUGGGUCUGUUUGUGAGAGCUCAAAUAUGCAAAACUCGAACUUCUAUCAGGAAAUUCAAAAGGGUCGAAGAAAUAUUUGGAGGAGGUUUCGGGGUGUAAGGAAAGUAAUUAAAGAUGUCAAUUCUAAGGCAAUUUCUAGAAGGAAUGAUAAUAAACAUGAACAUGAACAAAGGGAUAGUAUAGAUUCCAUGUAUGAUGGUGAAAAUGUGUUUGAUGUUGAUAUUGGUGCUAUUGGGCCUGACUUGAGCUUGGAGCGUUGCAACUUCAUCUUGAAACAGCUUGAGAGGUGUAGUGAUGCCAAAGCUCUAAGAUUUUUUGAGUGGAUGCGAACCAAUGGAAAGUUGAAGCAGAACAGAACUGCUUAUAACUUGGCACUCCGAGUGUUGGCAAGGAGAGAGGCUUGGGAUGUGGCAGAAAUGACGAUUUUGGAGAUGACUGUUGAUUCAGCUUGUGAACUCAACUUUCAAGUUUUCAAUACCCUUAUUUAUGCUUGCCAUAAGAGAGGUUUAGUGGAGAUGGGUGCAAAGUGGUUUCGUUUGAUGUCGGAGAAUGGGGUUCGUCCUAAUGUUGCUACCUUUGGUAUGCUCAUGAGUCUUUACCAGAAGGGUUGGAAUGUUGAGGAGGCGGAGUUUACUUUCUCUCAAAUGAGGGAUUUGAAACUUAAAUGUCAAUCUGCAUACUCAGCAAUGAUCACAAUAUAUACCCGUUUAGGUUUGUAUGAAAAAGCAGAAGCUGUUAUAGACUUCUUAAGAGAAGAUGAGAUACUUCUGAAUGUGGAGAAUUGGUUGGUUUUGCUUAAUGCUUAUAGUCAGCGAGGGAUGUUAGAGGAGGCUGAGCAGGUUUUGGUAUCAAUGCAAGAAGCUGGGUUUUCCCCAAAUAUAAUUGCAUAUAACACGUUGAUCACUGGGUAUGGAAAAGUAUCAAAUAUGGAUGAUGCGCAACACCUAUUCCGGAACCUUGAGAUUGCCGGAUUAGAGCCUGACGAAACAACUUACAGGUCCAUGAUUGAAGGUUGGGGUCGAGCCAACAAUUAUAAGGAGACAAGAUGGUUCUAUAAGGAGCUCAAGCAGUCAGGAUUCAAGCCUAACUCGUCUAACUUGUACACGAUGAUAAAUUUACAAGCCAACCAUGAGGAUGAAGAGGGUACUGUGGAAACUAUUAAUGAUAUGAUAAGAAUUGGUUGUCAGUAUUCCUCAAUACUUGGUAUUCUUUUACAAGCAUAUGAGAGAGCCGGGAGGUUUAAUAAGGUGCCUUCCGUUUUGAAAGGUACCUUUUUUGAACAUAUUCUGAAUAACCAGAUCUCAUGCUCAAUUCUGGUCAUGUCUUAUGUGAAACACAGCUUGGUAGAUGAUACAAUAAAAGUCUUGCAGGACAAACAGUGGAAGGAUCAGGUGUUUGAGGAUAACUUGUAUCAUACUUUAAUUUGCUCAUGCAAGGAGGGAGGUCAUCUUGAGAAUGCUGUCAAGAUAUACACUCAUAUGCCGAAGUCUGACAACAAGCCCAACUUGCAUAUUAUCUGCACAAUGAUAGACAUUUACAGUGUCAUGAACCGAUUCACAGAAGCGGAGGACCUUUACCUGAAGUUAAAGUCUUCUGGCACUGCCUUGGACAUGGUUGCCUAUAGCAUUGUAGUAAGAAUGUAUGUUAAAGUUGGAUCACUUAAUGAUGCUUGCUCUGUUUUGGAUAAAAUGGACAAACAAAAGAAUGUUAUUCCAGACAUUUACCUACUCCGUGAUAUGCUCCGUAUAUAUCAAAAACUUGGCAAAUUAGAUGAAUUGGCAGAUCUGUACUACAAAAUCAUGAAGAUUGGAGUCACUUGGGAUCAGGAAAUGUAUAACUGUGUCAUAAACUGCUGUGCUCAUGCCUUGCCAGUCGAUGAGCUCUCAAGACUUUUCGAUGAGAUGCUUCAGCGUGGUUUUACACCCAAUACCAUGACCUUCAAUGUUAUGCUGGAUGUUUAUGGAAAAUCAAGGCUUUUCAAGAAGGCUAGGAGGGUGCUGUUGAUGGCUAGAAAACAAGGCUUUGCUGAUGUAAUCUCUUACAAUACUAUUAUAGCUGCAUAUGGGCACACUAAGGACAUAAAGAAUAUGUCAUUAACCGUUAGAGAAAUGCAAUUUAAUGGUUUUAUGGUUUCUCUUGAAGCCUACAAUUGUAUGCUGGAUGCCUAUGGCAAGGAAGGCCAAAUGGAGAAGUUUAGGAGUGUGUUGCAGAAAAUGAAGGAAUCAAGUUGUGCUUCCGAUCAUUAUACCUACAAUAUCAUGAUUAAUAUCUACGGAGAGCAAGGAUGGAUUGAAGAAGUUGCGAGUGUAUUGAUGAAACUGAAAGAAACUGGAGUAGGACCUGAUUUGUGCAGCUAUAACACUUUGAUAAAGGCAUAUGGAAUAGCAGGAAUGGUUGAAGAUGCUGUGGGUCUGGUUAAGGAAAUGAGAGAAAAUGGAAUCGAGCCUGAUAGAACGACCUAUAUUAAUUUGAUCACCGCUCUGCGAAAGAAUGAUAAGUUCUUAGAGGCUGUUAAGUGGUCCUUGUGGAUGAAGCAGAUGGGAUUGUGAUGCAAAUCUAGUUUUUUCUGUAUGGUUUUCUGCUCCUUUGUCUCUCCAUGUCCAAUAACAAUUUGGACUCCAUCUCAUACUUCUACACAUCUUCAACUUUUGAUGCCUUUAGUAUGAUCUGUUUUCAUUUAUUUCUGCAUCUGAAUCACCUGAUUUAUAUCUAAUUCUUUCAUUAUGGUGA